AUGUCUUCCUCAAAAUCAAAAGAUAAAUAUGUUAAGAAUAAGUCCUUAUACACCCUUCCGCUUCCAAUAUCACUUUCUCCCACCACUUCAUCAAUAUUUUCUUCGAUACUCGCAUUCUUUUCCGAUUACCUAACUUCAAACAAUUCCGCACAAAAUCCUUUACAAAGCUCCAGCGGAAAUAGAAAACCUCGAGGUACUUUUGACCCACUCUCUAACAGUGUGAUUGUUAAUGGUGAAGAGGAUAUCGAAAAGCUAUGGAAACAAGGAUUCUUUGGUAAAGGAAAUCUGUCAAGAAGCGAACCCACUUGGUGUGGGAGAGGAAAAGGUGAAUUAACGGCCGAACAAAUCACGAACGAUCCUGUUGCUGAUGAUGCGACUACCAAGGAUAAUAAGGCUGAUAAUAUUUCACCUAACAUAGAAGGUACAUCUCACGUUACAGGUGAUGAGGAUGUGAAGAUACUGGCAGAAAUUGGGGAUAUAGAUGAAAAUAAGAUAGAUCACAAAGAUUUAUGUGAAAAGGAAAAUUAUAAGGGCAAAAGAUCUCCCGGUAAUGAUGUUGAUGACAAAAACGAUAAUGAAGACGGUCAAGUUAAAGAACAUUUGCAGCUUACCACCGAAGAAGCAUUUUUUUUGUGCUUCGGCAUUGGUAGUUUGGAUAUUUAUGAUUUCAACAAAGUAAUAGUUAGCAGCCAUCGAUUACACUUGUCACCGUCAUUAAAGAUAUCGAAACGACAAAAUUUGAUGACCAUUCAAGAAUGUUGGAAUGAAUUCCGAAUUGCAUCCAUCGCUCAUCACUCGACAAUAAAAGAUAAACAACCUUCGUCGAACGUCCAAUCCGAUGAUCCAUUGCUCACAGUAAACGGUCAAUUUGAUAACCCAUUCGUAAUAAGAUACGUGGCCUUUCAUUAUUUUCGCAGUUUGGGAUGGGUCGUUGGACGUGGAAAUAAGUUUGGCACCGAUUUCGUGCUGUACGAAAAAGGACCUGUAUUUAAACAUGCCGAGUACGGUGUGGUAGUAUUGCCAUGUCAUAACAUUCGAAACGACGACAGCAAUGAUCUCUACUUUCGGCAAAAUGUAACUUCUUCAUGGCAAUCGAUGAUGAACUUGACUAGAGUGUGCGGGCAAGUUAAAAAGUCCUUGGUAUUUUGUCAUGUAAUAAUUCCAGUAUCGCGAACUUACGAAACCAGUUCAAAUGAUCGAAAUAAUAAAAUUAUUAGCAGCUUCGACCUUAGAUUCGGCAGCGCUUUUGGUGGUAAAAGCAUGGAGGGCUCCUUAAAAAAUAUAUUAGAGGAUCCGUUAGAAUGUUUGCGAAAUUACAAAAUCAGAGAGGUG